GUUUGGAAAGGCAGAAACAAAAACUUGCAAUCCGUGGGAGAACUUUGGCUUGACCUACUUGUUUUCUACACGGAGAAAUUUGACAUGCUUAACAAUGUCAUCUGCAUAAGGUGCAGUCGAACUGUAACAAAGUUUGAGAAACUGUGGAUAUCAAAAGGCAUAGCAAUCGAAGAUCCCUUCGACUUGUCUCACAACUUGGGAUCAGCCCUAACAAGAAAAAUGUCGCUGUACAUCAUUAAAGCCUUGAGAAAGGGACGAAAUCAUUUUGCAAGACCUGUAAAGAUUCAAAUGAGAGACUCCAAGACAAUUGAGGCCUAUUUCAUGAAUGUACGAGAGUUAACUGAUGGAGAACCCCCCAACGACCGGGGUUGCAGGGUGUGCAAAUCUAUUGGCCACAAAGAACGAGAAUGUCCACAAAAAAGAAAGAAGAAAGGGAAAAAGGGUGCAAAAUCCCUAAACAAACCUCGAAAUGAUGAAUCACCUUCAAAGAAAGCUCCUAUUAGUGAAGAUGAAGAUUUUAGCGAUUCUGACAAUGAGAGCUCCGAUCAAGAAGACAACACGAGUCAAAGAGAAACCCCCAAAAAAGUUGUUAAUCAACCUCAGUUCAAACAGAACAGAGAUAAUAAUGGCAACAGUAACAGAGCUAAGCAAUCUAAACCCCCUCCGAAUAACAAAGCACGACCAAACUCAGGGUUUAAGCAAAAACCCGAACCAGCAUCCAAGAUUCAAGAUCAGAAUGGUUCAUCAGGUUCUCAGAGUUCUUUUUCAACCCAUCCUAAAACUCCUAUUUCCAUUCCUAGGACUCCAAAUCCACAAGUAGCUCCCAUGAAUUCUAAUGGAUCUGCAUCUCCUAAUACCUCCAAUAGCGAUUUGGCUAACACAGUAAAGCAAAACAGCGUGAAUACUGCUCAUAUUCCUACCAGAAUUUUCAGCAAUUCUUCUUUGAACCCUGAUUUAAUACCCGCGACAGUAAAUUCUGUUUCGUUUCCAAUUCCACGUUUCCAGAUCCUACCAGAAACUGUGAGAGGAGGGAUACCACCUCCUCCAGGAUUCAAUCCGUUGGUCCAACCCCAACCAUUUUCUGGAUUGCCGUUUAGGAUUGCAGCCCCAAACCAACAAUCGCCUUGGGUUGCAGAUAGCAUUCCGAGACCUUAUGUCCAAAUGGUGCGCCCACGUCCACCAAUGGGCCUCCCUCAAGUGCCAGGAAUGCUAGGCCCCACCGAACAGCGCAUCUGGGGCCAUUCCACCUCUGACCCACCCACCUUUGCCCCUAUGCCUCGGCAACCUUUCGCUCCUCGUUACUUUGAUAGAGAAUCAGCUGAUAUGAAACACACACUAGGUUUAGAGGCAGAAUUAAGUGAUCUGCAAAUCAACGCCAAAGUUUGUGCUGGAUACCCUCACAACCUAUAACACUAAGAUAGUGUUACUCCUACUUUGUAAAAGCAAACCACCUUUCCUGACCCCAAACUCAACAACAUAAAAUACAUAUAAAAAUUUGUGCACAAAUCCGCACAAAAACUUUGACGAAACAUCUUAAUGAGAUGUGUAUUUUGUAAUCAUACUUUAAGCACAUUAAGGCUGUGACAGGUACACAUUCCUUUAUGUUGUGUAUCAUUUUUAUUUGACCCACGAACCAAUAAGAGUUAUCGAUGGUUCUUAAUAACGCAUGGAUAUACAUAUCCAUGUCUUUUUAACCUGUCAUUUUAAUUGUUAUAUUUUAAUGUAAAAUGUAUUGUUUUAACUUUUAACCAUAUUUAUAGAUGAGAUAGAUAUAUGUAUUUGUUAUAUAUGUGUUGGCAUGUCCUAAUUUACCAUAAAUGAUUAGGUAGGUUUUAUUGAAUGCUAUCCUUUUAAAUGUGAAUCACAUACUAUUUUUAUAACCUAUUUUUGUGACUGUAGAUUUUUUUAUUUAAUUGUCAAAAGAUAGGCAUAGACUUUCAUGAGAUUAUGGUUGACCCUAUUCUUGAAACAAAAUUGCUUGUUUUGUAGUGUAUCUCAAGAAUAUUUUACCCUUUUAUUUGUGAUAAAAUCCUCUUUUCCAAUUUAUAAAAAUAUUGUUUUAACGCAUUAUGUUUAGCAAAUUUAAUUUUCCGAGUAAAAACAUGGUAAUGAUGUCAAAAUAUAAGCAGAAUAAAUCCAACUCAUGAACAUGACAACCUAUGAAGUUGUUUGACACAGGUCUUUGAGAGUGUGGAAAACUGUGUACAUGCUGCACUAAAAACAACAUUUUCCUACAGUUGCCUAACAAUGUACAUGUUCUCUCACUGAUUUGAGAAAGCAAAGUGUCCAAUUCGCUCAUCAGUGAGACAAUGUUAACAUUGUCUCACUCCAGAUUUGCAACGCACUGGCUGUAAAUCAGCUGGUCAGCUGUUAUACUGUUGUAUCAUUAAAAUGUCAUAUUAAAAGUUCACUUCUGUUUUCUUUACCAAUUUAUUUGUUUUAUGUUUAUGGUAACUGUUGGAAAAAUAUAAUGUGCAACUCGAGUGAGGCAAUUGCUCACUAGUUACACAAAUAACUAUUCAUAACAUAAAAAAACACAUUUAAGGCCAACUAGACAUCUCCUAUUAGUUGAAUUCAUAGUGUUAUUCAACAAAGCAUAAUUUUCAACCCUUGUUAAAAUAUUAUACUGUGACAUGUGCUUGUUAAUAUGUAUGUAUGAUAAAUUAUAGUGUUUAUAUUUUAUUCUCUGUAUAUUCAAAAGUAUUUUUUGCUGAUUUGAUCCAUUUUAGAUUUUAAUGAGGUAUAAUAACUACAUGUAGCCAGUCACAUUAAUUUUAAUAUUUUUAAAACUUCAUAGUCUUUAAGAAUUGUUCAAUAUUUUUGCAAUGGUGUUAUGUUAAAUAAAACUUUUUUAGAUAA